ACCAUCAUCAUCUAUUAUUAUCUCUAUCCAUCCAUCUCAAUAAUGGCUUCUUAUUCCUCAGCAAGAUGCAUCACCUUUUAUUAUUUUCACCUCCUCCUCCUGUCCCAACUCCUACUCCGCCACCUCCACACCGCAUCCGCCCGCGGCGGCGUCUAUUUCAACAAAUUCCCCAACAAUGACGGCCCUGCUCCACCGGCGCAGAAGACGAUGGACACAUCCUCCGAUGAUUUGCCUAGCUUCACUCAAGAAAAUGAAGAGCUUUAUAAUAACAAUAAUAAGUACAAUAACAAGCAUGACACUCCCCCGUCUACAGCGCCGCCGCCGCCCACUCUCCCGUGGAACUACAACGACGUGGCAUACGUCACAUCCGCGAAGCCAACCGAGGAGGAGGACAUUGCUAAUCAUAAUUAUUAUAAUAAUUAUGCUCAAAGCACCCCUACCAAAUCGCCGCCGCCGCCCCACACUACCGCCAGGCCCUACAGUACUACUAGAAACUCGCCGCGCUCUCCCCCCACCCCCAAGCCCAGCACCGCCACGCCCGGAACUCCAAGGCUCCCGUGGAACUACAACGAAAAAGAAUACAUCACAUCCGCGGAGCCAACAAAUGACAAGGAGGAGAAUCAUUAUAAUAAUUAUUAUGCUCAAAGCACCCGCGGCGGCGGCGGCGUCCCCACUAAGAGACGGGAGACACCGCCCCCGAACCUCCCGUCCUACAACCGCAACUAUUACCACCAGAAGGAGACGGAGGACGACGAGAGAAACGCCGCCGCCGCCAAUAGCAAUAAAAACUACUACUACUAUAAGAAUUACUUCCAGAACAAGGAGCAGCCCCAAGGGAUGAGUGACACCAGAUAUGGACCAAACAAAAAGUACUACUAUGAUCCUAAUGCUGCUGCAAACAUAUUUGAUGAUGAAGACGACUUGCCAUGAUCGUCGUCGUCAUUCAUAUGCAUGCAUGCAUGGCCUAUGUCUUCUUUUAAUUUUAUGAUCUUCCUUCUCAUUGUGGUCUGCUAGCUAUAUGUUAU